GACCUGUUCGGUGCCUUCCCUGCUUCCCUGUGCUGUGUCUAGGUGAAGUGGAGUGGGGGUCUGGUAGAGUACAGCCUGGAGGGGGAAUUCCCAGAGAUGCUGUUCACUGUCAGCAGAGAGGGAGUCAUCUCUCUCAACGCCCCACUAGACAGAGAGACUCAGGACCAGUUCCAGAUCAGCAUUGUGGUGGAGCGUCCGGACGGCAGGGAGAUCGCCAAGCCUGUGGAGCUGAGGGUGAUGGUGGGCGAUGCCAACGACAACAGGCCCACGUUCCCUACCACACAGUACCACACCGUGGUCAAGGAGCUCGCCCCACGGGGGACGGAAAUCCUCACAGUUCAAGCAGCCGACAACGAUGAUCCCAAAACAGAUAACGUGAGGAUCUUCUACCGGCUGGUUGGCCAGAUCCCAGAGAGCCCUCGUGCCUUGUUCCGGGUGGACCGUGACUCUGGGGUCAUCUCAGUGCAGGCAGACAACCUAGAGGGAGCCGCCCCACAGUACACACUGACCAUCACUGCUGAGGACGCUAAAGGGUUAAACAGCUCCUGUACUGUGGUUGUGACAGUGCAGGACGAGAACAACAACCCACCCGUCUUCACUCAACACGAGGUACCUUUACGCAGGCUGAAGAGGGGACUGACCUGUGAUUUGGGGUUUGGGUUUGGGGGAUAG